AUGAACGUUAAAGAUGUAGAUACUCUUUUAAAUAUUUUUAGAGGAGGGCCAGGUGUUCAUACUUGUUCAGGUAUAGAAAAUUAUUUUUUAGAAAGCAGUACGUUAGAUUAUGAUAUUAAAAAAGAAUUCAUAAAAAACUUAGAGAAUCCUACAUGUUUAUCAAAAUUUUGUAUGUUAAAGAGAAAGUUAGUUUAUGACUUUUUUUUAGUAAAAAAAGAAAUAGUCAAAAAAAAAUUAUGGACAUGUAUAGAAAGUAUAAUCAAUAAAUUAAAUGAUGAUGAUAUAAUAAAAGUACAUAGAUAUUUAAAAAAGGAAUCUGGAAAUGUUAUUCAUACAUUUUUAAAUAAUUUACAUUUGAAUAAAGAUCUUGAAACAAAAGGAAGAAGACGAAGAAGAAGAAGAAAAAAAAAUAUAUAUAUAUUAAAAAAAAGAAAAGGAAAAAAAAAAAACAAUCAUGAUAUACAACAUAAUAAUUUCAAUAUAAAUUCUAAUAAAUUAUAUUGUAAUUUACCUAUUAAUUUAAAUUUAGAACAUAUAUUUUGGAACCAUAUAAAUAUAAAAAAUUAUAAAAAGAAAUAUUUUUAUUAUAUUAAUAAAAAUAUAAAUUCUUUGUGGAAAGUAUAUUUAUCAUAUAACAUGUUAAAUAUAAAUAAAUGUGAACGUAAAGAUAUUAUAAAAAAUAUUCUACACACAUUAUUAAAAAAAGAAUAUGAACAAUUAAAUUGUUUUGAAUGGGAUUCAAAAGUUCUUCUUUAUAAAUUAUUAAAAAAAGAAGAUUCAAAAAAUAUAUCACUUGAAAAUUAUAUAGAAAAUGAUGAUAUAAUAAGUAAUUCAACUAAUCAUUUUGACAACAAUGUAGAUAUAUAUCUUAAUAGGAAAGAUAAUUCACAAAAUAAAAAUAAUACUAAUAUUAAAGAUAAAAUUGAUUCCAUUUCUGAAGAUGAUAAAUUAAGUCUUCAAACAGAUGGUCAAACAUAUAAUAAUAAUAAUAAUAAAAAAAAAAAAAAAAAAUCAUCCGAAAAUAAUAUCAUAAUGAAUAGUAAUAAUAUUUUAUUAAAUUAUAAUAAAAAUGGUCAAUUAUUAGAUGAUUCUUUAAAAUUAUAUAAUAACAACAAUAAUAAUAAUAAUAAUAAUAAUAAUAAUAAUAGUGUUCAUGUUCAUCACACCAACUUAAGUGAUUUUAAAAAUGCACAUUAUAAAGAUACAGAUAUAAUAUAUGAAUUAUUAUUAAAAUCUAUAAAAGGAGAAAUAAAAUUAAAAGUUAAAAAUUUUGUUAAGGUUCAUCAAGUUGGACAAGGAGCAUAUGGAGAUGUAUGGAUGGCAGAAGAUAUAAUAAAUAAUCAGAGAGUAGCAUUAAAAAAAUUAAAAUUAAAUGAAGAAAAAGAUGGAUUUGCAAAAACUUAUAUAAGAGAAAUAUCUAUUUUAAAUUCUUUAAAACAUGAAAAUAUUGUUGAAUUAAUUGGAGUUGUACAUUCUAUUUUACCUAUCAAUUUUUUUAAUCAAACUAUAAUAAAUCAACCUUCUCAAAAUUCUAAUCCUAUCAAUAUAAAUCAAAAUCAUAUUUUUAAAAACAAUCUUUUUGAUCAUAAUAGUUAUAAAGAUUUUCUUAUUACUGAAAAGAAUUAUUUUUAUAAUAAAAAAAAGUUAAGUACUUUAUUUAUGUCACCACAAAAAAGAAAAUUCUCAGCAAAUCAUGACAUGUCAUUUAAUGAGGAUAUGUCAUUUAAUGAAGACAUGUCAUUUAAUGAAGACAUGUCAUUUAAUGAGGAUAUGUCAUUUAAUGAAGACAUGUCAUUUAAUGAAGAUAUGUCACUCAAUGAAGAUAUAUCAUUCAAUGAAGACAUAUCAUCCAAUCAAGAUGUGUCAUCCAAUCAAGAUGUUUCAUCCAAUCAAGAUGUGUCAUCCAAUCAAGAUGUGUCAUCCAAUCAAAAUGUAUCAUCAAAUAAUUUAUUAAAACAUAAUAAUGUGGACCCAUCCAUUUCUCUUCCAUUAUCUUCUUACGAAGAUACCCUUUCAAGUGAUAGCACCCAUUCUGACUGCUCAUCCUCCACUUUAUCUUCAUUCCUCUCAUACGAUAAAAAUAAAGAAAAAAAGUCAUGCAUCUGGAUGGUCUUUGAAUAUGUUCCUUUUGAUCUGUCAGGAUAUAGUGAACUGCUUAGAGAAGAAAGAAAUGAAAAAGAAAGAUAUAAGUUUGCUAACUUAUUCAGUAUAGGUGAAAUAAAAAAUAUCUUUAUACAAUUAUUAAAAGCAUUAGAUUAUUGUCAUAAAAAUAAUAUUAUCCAUAGAGAUAUUAAAAUAGCUAAUUUGUUAAUAGAUAAUAAUGGAAUACUAAAGCUAGCUGAUUUUGGACUAGCUAGAUUCCAUUCUGAUAUUAAUGCAUCUAAUAUGACAAAUAGAGUUAUUACAUUAUGGUAUAGACCACCAGAAUUAUUAUUAGGUUCUGAAAAUUAUAUGUCAUCUGUUGAUAUGUGGAGUUGUGGUUGUGUAUUAGCAGAAUUAUUAACUAGCAAUCCUUUAUUUUCUGCUGAAAAUGAAACAGAUAUAUUAAAAAUUAUUGUUAAUAAGUUAGGGUUUCCAAAUGAUAGAGAUCUAAAAUAUUUAAAAAAUUUACCUUAUUGGAAUUUAUUGAAAUUAAAUCCUAUACAUCCAAAUAAUAUAAAUCAUAAUAUAAAUCAUAAUAAAAAAAUAGAAACAGAAAGUUCUAUAAGAAAUAUACCUGGUGUAGGAGAUCUAGGAUUAGAUCUUAUCAAAAAAUGUUUAAAGUGGAAUCCAUAUGAAAGAAUCACAGCUAGUGACGCGCUUAAUCAUCCAUGGUUUAAGAUACAACCAUUGUCUGAAAAAAUACAUCAAAGAAAUAAUAUUAAAGCAGCUCAUAGUUUUAUGACCAAAAAUUAUAAAAAAAGGGACAUACCCAAAAAUAAUUAUUCUAAAAUUAAUGAAAAUUUUAGAUAUAUAAAUGUAGGCAAUUACAGAAGGGCUUAUCUUCUAAGUAAAUAUAAUGAUCACCUUUUAUAUCUUAACUCACGUUCAUCAAAGAGGGAUAUACUAAAGGACCAGCCUCUUCACCAGGAUAAGGAAAAAGAUAAGGAAAAAGAUAAAGAAACCAAAGCGGAAACGAAAAAUAUAGAACACAAGGAUAAGAAACAUAAAGAAUUAGUAAAUAUUAAAAAGGAAGAUGAAACACGACAAAGUAAAAAAUGUAAAGUCGAAUCUGUCACCGAUUACAGUGAUAGAGGAGAAAAUUUAAAAACCCCUUUUGAUAAUGCCAUAAAAAAAAAUGAACACAAAUUAAAUUCAAAUAAGUCAGAUGUAGACAAAACUAGGAAAUCAGUUACCAUGUCAAGAGACGGAAGCUUAAGAAGGAAGGAAAGAAAGACAAUAGCAGUGGUAAAAUAUUAUGACCAUAAAACGAAAGAAUAUAAUUAUAGCCAUAGCCCAAGUCAUGCCAAAAAGUACAACAAUGAAAAAAGGGAAAAGGAAAAAAAAACUGAAGGUUUAGAUUAUAGGAGGGAAAGCAACAACUAUUUUGGAAGAAGCAGAGAAGGUGUAGAUGAUAGGAGAAGAUAUUCAACCAUUUGUAAAAUAGGUUAUAACAAUGCAGAUGGGUAUAGGGAUAGAAUAAGUCACAGGAGUAGGGAAAGGGAGUGGUAUAAAAAAUCAUACGGAAGAAGGAGUAGAGAUAGAGAAAGAGAUAGAGAAAGAGACAGAGAUAGAGAUAGAGAAAGAGAUAGAGAACGAGAUAGAGAAAGAGAUAGAGAUAGAGAUAGAGACAGAGAUAGAGAAAGAGAUAGAGAAAGAGAAAGAGAUAAAGAUAGAGAAAGGGAUAGAGAAAGAGAUAAAGAUAGAGAAAGGGAUAGAGAAAGAGAUAAAGAUAGAGAAAGGGAUAGAGAAAGAGAACGAGAAAGAGAACGAGAAAGAGACCGAGAAAGAGAACGAGAAAGAGAACGAGAAAGAGACCGAGAAAGAGAACGAGAUAGAGAACGAGAUAGAGAACGAGAUAGAGAACGAGAUAGAGAACGAGAUAGAGACCGUGAUCGAGAUAAAGAAAAAGAAAAAGAAAAGAAAAGAGAUAAAGAUAAAGAAAAUGAUAAAAAUAAAGAAGCUGAUCAUAAAAAGACGACGAAUGAAAGUCAUCAAGCGAACGAUCAAAAAAAACAUAAAUUAGAUAUUGAAGAAUUAAGGGUUGAAAAGAAAAAGAAAAUAUAA